AUGGGUUGCUGUUCGAGCACUUUGCAUUUAAAGACAUCCAAACUGGAUUCCCUGGACGAUAGUGUCUAUAUGGAUCAUCAGCGUGGCUCAUCGAAACGUUCAUACAGCAGUCGCCAGACUAUAAGCAGUGGACUGGGCAGUGCCUGUAGUACACCGUCCAGUAGUCGUAAUCGCAGCAUUUGGAGUAGAAGGAGCAGCAGUCCAGCAGUUACCAUCAAUCAAUCGGUGUCGAUCAACAAUGGCCAGCCGAAUGUUCGGCCCAUUUGUGAUGAUUUUGCCGAACAACCGCUGGAAUUGCAGGAACGAUCACAGGGCUAUUAUACAUGCAGUAGUUCGGCAUCGACACCAACCAAAAGUCAAUUGAUGCGUACACAGGAUAUGAAUUCAUCGACAUGUACCUCAGAAGCGGCAUCUGAAUCCUCAUCAGAUGCAUCCCAAACCGAUUCGUCACCAUCUUCGCCUGUCAUUGGGAAUCUCGAGUGGGAAAUGUACAUGAUGCAGCAUGCCCAACGCAUUAUGCCAAAGACAUCAUCGCCGAUAUGCCAGAGACGCUGUGAUAAUGACAAGACCUUUGAAUUGCCCACCCGGUCCAAGUCGUAUCACAAGUGGCGUAACUAUCUGCAAACGACACCGGCUCACAUGCUGCACAAUGUCACCAAUAUACCCGAGGCGAUUGCCGGGCACUUUUGUCCAACCGACUUCCCGGCAUUCAGCGAUCUCGAGGACAUGGAGAGUGCAGCAAAGCGUUACAAAGUGGAUGCAACCGCCUUGUAUACCACCUCACAAUUGCUGGCAGGACACACCCAGACCAUAACCACGGAUCUCUAAGCCUCAUCGUUUGAACAUUUGUGCAUUUUUUUUGUUGGUUUAAUUGUGUAUAUUCUUCGCUUUGUGCCACAGGCAACAGGUGUGCCCAAAAAUGGCAAGAAAAUGGAGGGAGAGGGAGGCAAAUUAAUUUGUUGGCAAACUUUUGU